GAGCAGGAAUAUGUUGCCGCUGUAGCUACUUAGAAGUACAUUCUUGGCUGUCAGAUCUCAACUCUUCAGAGUUUCCGUUGAUCAAAAUUGUCAUGUCGAUCCUAUCGUGUAGCACUUAACACUGAUUCCUCCUUAUUAGAGUAACCGUGGAGUCUACUUUGCUGUAGUUCGAGACAACGUUUGCUUCUUGAAGUUUGCCCUAGCUGUGACAGAAUGAGUUUGAACGAGCACUCCCUCCAAGCUCUGUCAUGGAGAAAACUUUACUUGAGUCGGGCGAAGUUGAAGGCAAGUAGCAGAACUUCAGCUCUGCUUUCAGGUUUCGCUAUGGUGGCCAUGGUGGAGGUGCAGCUGGAGCGGGACCACACAUAUCCUCCAGGGCUGCUGAUCGCCUUCAGCGCCUGCACCACCGUGCUGGUGGCGGUGCAUCUGUUCGCCCUUAUGGUCAGCACCUGCAUCCUGCCCAACCUGGAGGCGGUCAGCAACGUGCACAACCUCAAUUCGGUCAAGGAGUCGCCACACGAGCGCAUGCACCGCCACAUCGAGCUGGCCUGGGCUUUCUCCACUGUCAUCGGCACACUGCUCUUCUUGGCCGAGGUGGUGCUCCUCUGCUGGGUUAAGUUCCUGCCAUUGCAGAGCCCGGUCAGGAAGACCGAGGACCACGGUGAGUCGGCCACGGAGGCGCCGGGCAUCAGUCCCGGCCAGGCGGCUGCCAUCACCUCCACGACGAUCAUGGUACCGUUUGGCCUGGUGUUCAUUGUGUUCGCUGUGCAUUUUUACCGCUCACUGGUCAGCCACAAGACAGACCGGCAGUUCCAGGAGCUGGAGGAGCUGUCCAACAUCACACGCCUCCAGAACCAGUUGGACCACAGGGCAGAGACGAUCAGCCUGCAGCCCUCAGCAGCCGGCGCUGCCCACUUCCCUUAGAGGACCAGCCCCCUAUUGCACUCCUUAUUCUACACACACACACACACACGUAUAUACACAGACGUAUAGGCACAUGUACACGUGUACGUACACACAGACACACACACACAUACACGCACACAGUAAAAUCCUUGCAACCAGACCCUCGCCUGUAACCCUUAUCAUCUGGAACAACACCCAUUUUCUCAAUAACCAUGCAAAUGCACACAUAUGCCCCC